AUGAGCCCGGAAGAUGAAAAUGAGGUCGAGUGGGAAAAGUGAGUUUUUUGGGGGGAAGAAUAAUUUACUGUUUCAAAAAUUUUUGAUAUUCAAAUUUAGUUUUGAUUUAUUGCUCCGGUUCUUUAACUGUUUUGAUUCUAAAUUUCAAAAAAAAAAUUCACUGUUUCAGAAAUUUCAUAAGUUUUAUUUUUAAUUUUUCGGUCGAUUUUUCGAGUCAUAAGUGCAAGCAACAAAAAAGAACUCCCUAUUUUUCAGUUUCAGAAAUUCACUGUUUCAAAAAUCUUAGAAUUGAAAAAUUGGAAGAUUUAUUUCAGUAUGAGAUUGUGUCUGUAAACCAAAAAAAAUUUAGAAAUAUUGAAGUUUAAUUUAAUUUCCGUCACGUUUACGUGAAAAAUCCAACAGGAAAAAUAUAAAUAUUCAUUUCUAAAUUUUUUAUUCGGAGAAAUUGUCUUAAUUCUGAAAGAAGUGAGUUUCCUUCUAUAAAUCACAACGUUCCGAAACGCAAUUGGGUGAGAGGAGAGAGAUUCUAUAGAAAACAUACGUUUUUAAUGGGCAAACGUGCUCCAAUGAGAACAAAAACUCAAUUUUUUCGAACAUUUUCUGAGAGGUCGUUCAAACGUAUUGCCGACAUUGAUCAAACAAAUGGCCAAGCGCUAUACACACAUGUAUUAAUUUUCUUUCUUUUUUUGAAAACUGAAGCGAGGCGACAAGAGUUCACGCGAAUAAUCAACAGAACGUGAAUUCUUUUAUGGUUUUCUCUAAAUCUCUUCCUCUCACCAUUUUGCAUUUUAUCAUUAGCCUAAAAUGUUGUAUAAAAAAUUCACUGUUUCAAAAAUUUUCCAAGUUAUUGGGUGUAGUUUUUGAAUUGCUCCUGUAUUUUUUGAAUCCUUUAAAAUACCACAUAAAAAUUCGAAAAAAAUUCACUGUUUCAAAAUUUCUUUUAAUAAAUUCUUUUUAAAAAAAUCGUGUUAGUUAAAUUUUGUAUCAAAAAAUUUUUGUGAAAAAAAUUUGAUCUACCACAUUUAUUUUCGCGGGAAAAAUUUUCUUUGGUUAUAAAAAUUCACUUUUUCAAAAAUUUCCCAAAAAAACAUUUUUCUUUUAUAAAAAUCGUUUGGUUUUUGUAGUUUCAAACUAAAUUUUCGCACCAAAAAAUGGAUUUCCAAUUUUUUUCCCAACAACCUUGAAAACCAUCUGCUCUUUCACAUCAUUAGGUUGCCCCAAGAACAAUUCCUAGUUAGGCUAACUCAUGCGCGCCAUUUUUCAUUUUCUCCUCAAAUUCCUAUUUUUCUUCUUCUCCAAAAAACCUAGUUCAUCUUUUUUGUCGUCGAAAAAAGUGUGGUAAAUUCCGAAUAAACACCUGUGAUUUUUCACUGUUUCAAACGAAAAAUUGACCAUUUUUUCAGUUUGGAAGAAGCAGAUGUUGAGGCAGAUGAUGAAAAUUCGAAGAAUUUGAUGAAGGAACAACAGACUGACGAUUUUUGGCGCCAAAUUGAAGCAGAUGAUGAAAAAUAUACGGAAGAGUUUGGUGAGUUAUACUAAAUAGAAUAUUCUGAAAUGACACCUUGGCGUCAUUUUUCCUCGUUUGAAUUCGUUUCCAUUGAAACCAGGGAGAUUUCUAAACAUAAAGGUGGGUGACGUGGAUUUUUUGGUGCGGAAAAUUUACUGUUUCAAAAAAUAUUGAAUUUGAAAUAUAUUUCUAGGGUUUUUGAUAGAAAGUCAAAAUUUUGAAAAAUUAUUUUGAAAAAAAAUUCACUGUUUCAAAAAUAAUGCUAAAUUUGACCAUUUUUGAAAUUUUUGUUUUUCUUCCUCUUUUUGAAAAAUUUGUUAGUCAUGACGUGGAAUUUUUGAGAAAGAAAAUCUGAAAACUUAAUUGCAAUAAAAUUCACUGUUUCAAAAAGUACUAGAAUUUGAAAUUAGAAAAAAACUAAUAUUCGCAUUCCUGUGAUACUAAAAUAGUUAUGACGUGGAUUUCCGGCAUUUUUGAAAUUCGAAAUCAAAAUUAUUUUGGGAAAAAAAUUCACUGUUUCAAAAAUAAUCCUGAAUUUGACCAUUUUUGAAAUUUAUUUGAUGCUCCGAAAAAAAUUGGCGAGGCAUGACGUGGAUUUUUGGGGUGAAAAAAAUCAGAAAAAUUAAUUACGAUAAAAUUCACUGUUUCAAAAAGUACUAGAAUUUGAAAUUAGGAAAAAAUAAUAUUGAAAAUUUUAUGCAAGACAAAAAUAGUUAUGACGUGGAUUUUUUUGGGACAAAUUUUUGAAAUUCGAAAUCAAAAUUAUUGUAGGACGAAAAUUCACUGUUUCAAAAACCAUCGUAAAUUUGACCAUUUUUGAAAUUUAUUUGAUUCUCCGAUGGAAAAUUUUGUUAGUCAUGACGUGGAUUUUUGUGGUGAAAAAAAUCUGAAAACUUAAUUGCAAUAAAAUUCACUGUUUCAAAAAGUACUAGAAUUUGAAAUUAGAAAAAAUCCAAUAUUAACAAUUUUCUACAUCAAGUGUAGUUAUGACGUGGAUUUUCUGGAACCGAUUUUUGAAAUUCGAAAGCGAAAUUAUUUUGGGAGAAAAAUUCACUGUUUCAAAAACCAUCCUAAUUUGACCAUUUUUGAAAUUUAUUUGAUUCUCCGAUGGAAAACUUUUUUAGUCAUGACGUGGAUUUUUAAGGUGAAAAAAUCUGAAAAAUUAAUUCCAACAAAAUUCACUGUUUCAAAAAUAAUUCUAAAAUUGAGGAAUUUUGGGAAUUUUUGAUACUUUCUUUAUAAGUUUUCGGAUUUCUGAUUAAGAUCUUCGUAUUUUUCUUUUCAAGUAGUAGAUUUCUAACCUGUUUUUCAUCUCCUCUAUUUAUUCAUUAAUUAAGCUAAUUAACUAAAAUUCUGAAGUUCUAUUAAUUUUUUUUUCGAUCUACAAAAUCACUUGUGAUCAAAAAACAUUUUUUUUCGAAAAAAAAUCCGAAAAGGACAUUCAGAUUUGGAUUAUUCAGAGAAACUGAACUUUUUGAUUUUUUUCAAGGUGACAAAAUCCACUUUUCGGCAAAAAGUGGUUUUUGAAACUUUUUUUGCAUUGAAUUUUCUGACCCACUCAAAAAUUGUAUGUUUACAUUAUUCUUAUGUUCGAAAAUUUUUUUUCAAAGUGAAAAAAAACGGUUUUUUUUGAAUAGAGAAAGAAAAUGUCAGCGGAUUGUUAUCGGCAACGAAUUUCAGGCAGUUUUGAGGUCUAUAAUUUUGGUGAGUUAGGAAAACUUCUGGAAUCUUUAAUAGAAAGCUUUAAUUCUUCUGAAUAUAGCUCUGGAAUUUUGAAUUCGGAAUUCUCCCGCCAAAAACUUAAUUUCAAAAGCUUCAAAAUUUGAAUUCAAAUCUAGAAUUUCACUCCAAAAAUCCACGUGACAAAAUUGUUCCUCCUGAAAAACCAGCCAGAUUAAAAUUGUUUUCGCCAAGCCAAAAAAUGUCUCCCAAACUCCUGUUUUGCUCCAUUUUUUGCUCAAAACCUACCUGAUUUUCUUCCGAAAUAUUUACUUUUCCUGCCUACUCAAAAACAACAAAAAAUUCGGGUAUUUAUUUAUUUUAUUCACUUUUUGUUGUUGUGAUGAACACAGGAAAAAUUUAGUAGUUCAAUAAAUUUUUAUUGGUCACACUUUUUGAAUCUUUUCGGGUUUCUUUGUUGAAUUUUUAGCCCGAAAAUCUUUACGUGAAAAAAUUCUCAAAAAAAAAUUCAAAUUCAAAUCUUCCCGCCAAAAAAUCCACGUGUGAGCUUCCAAAAUUUUAAAUUCUAAAUUUUUAGCGCUAAAAUUUUCCACGUGGCAAACAAUUUUAAAUUUCAAAUUCAAGUUUUUUAGCGCUAGAAUUUUAAAUUUAUUUGUUCACGUGGAUAAAUUCUAAAAAAAAUUCAAAUUCAAAUCUUCCCGCCAAAAAAAAUCCACGUGGCAAAAUUGUCCCAAACAACAACCUAAACAUUUUUAUUGUUUCUUUUCUUUUCCCUUUUUUUUCUUCUUCAAAAAACACACACCCAACCCAGUUCCUUUAAUUUCUAAUUCAAACAAGUUUAUUCUUCCCCAAUCAGCUGACUUAGCCUAACUUCUUUUUCGAUUUUUAAUUUUUUUGGGACUUAUCCUAACUUUGAAAAUUCAUUUUAUUUUUGAAGAACUAACAAAAAAUGAUCUGUAAAUAUCGAGAUGUUCCAAAUCGUCUUACAAUUGGUGAACAAGAACCGACUGGUGAAUUUUUGGGGCUGAAAAUUUGAGAUCGGCGUGAAAUUUGGGUCUAGGAAGAUUCUGAUCCAGCUAAAAAAAUCUGAAAUUCCUGAUUUUCAGGAAGCGAUUGGUUUGGAGAUGAUCGAGAAUCGUUGAAUGAUUUUGCCAAAUAUUGGAAUAAUGAACAUUUGAGUGAUGUGAAUUUGAUUGUUGGCGAGGAAAUGUGAGUUUUUUGGGGUCAUCAAUUAAUUUUUUCAGAAAAAAAUUCACUGUUUCAGAAUUUGUUUGAACAUUUUUGGUCCUCGAUAAAAAUUGAUGAGAAUCUUGGUGUAAAAUUCUUCAGAGUCAAAUAACCUGAGUUUAGUCUCAGGCUUAUCCAAAACUUUGGGCCCUUAAUUUAGGCUUACUGAAAACCUCAGGCCUUCUUAAAUUCUUAAUUUGAUUUUUGUCAAAAAAACGCCAGAAUCGAACUGAUUUUUUAAUAUUUCGAUUUUUUUCAAGAAAUUUCGAAACGUAAAAUUUGGGAGUUUUUUUUGCAAAAAAAAUUCACUGUUUCAGAAUUUCUUUGAACAUUUUUGGUUUUCGAUAAAAAUUGAUGUAUGUAGAUACAAUUCCUUUGAAUUUAAAUUUCCUCAAUCCGAAAAAGCCUGGAUUCAAGUCAAGAUUUUCUAGGCUUAUCUGAAAUAUCAGUCUGGGCUUUCCGGGCUUUUCAGGCUCGGAUCUUCUAGGCUCAUUUAAAACUAAAUCAAGACUGAUUAAAAUUCUCAGGCCUAAAUUUAGGCCCGCCUGAAAGCCUAGGCUCAAAUCUAUUCAAAUUUGGUAUCAAAAAUCUCCAAACCUCGAUUUUUUCCAGUUUCCCCGCACAUCGCCUAAUUCUCGCCAAAUCCAGCGAAGUUUUCGAUCGAAUGCUCAGUCAACGUUGGAAUGGCGACGGCAAAAAGGAUCUCGAAAUCCAGGAGGACUCGAUUUGUCAAAAAGUAUUUCCCGCAUUCUUGCGAUUCUUAUACUGUAAUCAUGUGGUUAUGCAUCAGGAAAAUUGUCUUCCAUUGCUCAUAUUAGCCGAUAAAUAUAAUGUGACAACGCUGAAAAAGGUUGGGGAGUUUUGGGAACAUUUUUUGGCAGGGAUCUGAAAUUUCUCUAGCUGUCUAAUCCAUAAUAGAAUUUUAUACUCUCUCACCUUUUGGAAAAUAUGAUUUCAACUUUUCAAAUCUGAAAAUUCAACCUAAAAAAUGAAUUUUUGGAAUCAGAAAGUCACCGGGAAAGUUUUGAUAUACAUAUUGGAAAAACCUCAGAAUUUCUCGAAUUUUUGGGAAAUUCCAAGCUAGAUUCUUCACAGGGACGGAAUAAUUUUCUAGGUGUCCAAGCCAUCCUCAAAUUAUAUACUCUCUCACCCUCCAGAAAGACGGAACAUUUCUCUAGUUGUCUGCAAUCUCUCUAAUUUCCAUUGUCUCUAUAUCUUCCUUGAAACAAGGACUUUUAUGAUACCACCCAGUUAUUUUUGGAAUGAAAGGGAAGCGCUUCAAGACCAAAUAAUUUUUUUCUUGAGAGAAUUCAGAUUAUUUCUGUAUUUCAAAUCUCAAAUUUCAUCCUGAAAAGUGGAUUUUCAGAAUCAGUGAAUCGUGGGGAAAAUUCUGAUAUAAAAUUUGGAAUAACUUCAGAAUUUCUCGAAUUAUCUGAAAAUUCCAAGCUAAAAUCUUCACAGGGACCUGAAAUAUCUCUAGUUGCCUGGUGUCUCUUCAAUUUCCAGUGUCUCUCUCUUUCUGUCUUCCUUGAAGCAAGGCACGUUUUUUAUGAGACCACCAAGUUAUUUUUGGAAUGACAGGGAAGCGCUAUGAGACCAAAUAAGUUUUUUCUGGAGAGAAUUCAGAUGAUUUCUAUAUUUCAAAUUCCAAAUUUCAUCUUGAAAAAUGAAUUUUUGGAUUCAGAAAGUCGUCGGGGAAAUUUUGAUAACAAUUUUGGAAUAACUUCAAUAUUUCCAGAAUUAUCUGAAAAUUCCAAGCUAAAAUCUUCACAGGGACCUAAAAUUUCUCUAGUUGUCUAAUCUAUCCUCAAACUAUAUACUCUCUCACCCGCUAGAAGUACUUUUGCAUAAAAAAAUGACAGGGAAGCGCUAUGGGACCAAAUAAUUUUUUUAUUCAGAAAAUUCAGAUAAUUUCUAUGUUUCAAGUUGAAAAAUUUCACCUGAAAAGACGAUUUUUGGAGUCAGUGAAUCGUCGGGAAAAUUCUGAUAUAAAAUUUGGAACAACUUCACAAUUUCAAGAAUUAUAUGAAUAUUCUAAGCUAGAUUCAUCACAGGGACGGAAUAAUUCUCUAGUUGCCUGGUGUCUCUUCAUAUUCCAGUGUCUCUCUCUUUCUCUUCUCCUUGAAACGAGGAACGUUUUUUAUGAGACCACCCAGUUAUUUUUGGAAUGAAAGGCUAUCGCUACGAGACCAAAUAAUUUUUUCUUGAGGAAAUUUAGAUGAUUUCUAUAUUUCAAAUACCAAUUAUUUCUGUGAAAUGUGGAUUUUUGGAAUCAGUGAAUCGUGGGGAAAAUUCUGAUAACAAUUUUGGAAAAACUUCAGAAUUUCUCGAAUUAUCUGAAAAUUCCAAGCUAAAAUCUUCACAGGGACGGAAUAAUUCUCUAGCUGUUUAAUCUAUCCUCAAAUUCUAUACUCUCUCAUCCUCCAGAAAUACGGAAAAUUUCUCUAAUUGUCUGGUGUCUCUUCCAUUUCCACUAUCUCUCUCUUCCUUGAAACAAGAAUAAUUUUUAUGAGACCACCCAGUUAUUUUUGGAAUAAUGAAUGAAAGGGAAGCGCUUUGAGACCAAAUAAUUUUUUUCUGGAGAGAAUUCAGAUGAUUUCUAUAUUUCAAAUUCCUGAUUUCAUCCUGAAAAGGAGAUUUUUGGAAUCAGAAAGUCGUCGGGAAAAUUUUGAUAUAAAAUUUAAAAUAACUUUGAAAUUUCUGGAAUUAUCUCGAAAUUCCAAGCUGAAAUUUUCACAGGGACGGAACAAUUCUCUAGCUGUCUGAUCUAUACUCAAAUUCUAUACUCUCUCAUCCGCCAGAAGUACUUGUGCAUAAAAAAUGAAAGGGAAGCGCUAUGAGACCAAUAAUUUUUUUCCUGAGGAAAGUAUCUUCCUUGAAACUCUAUAUCUUCCUUGAAACAAGGACUUUUAUGAUACCACCCAGUUAUUUUUGGAAUGAAAGGGAAGCGCUUCAAGACCAAAUAAUUUUUUUCUUGAGAGAAUUCAGAUUAUUUCUGUAUUUCAAAUCUCAAAUUUCAUCCUGAAAAGUGGAUUUUUGGGUUCAGUGAAUAGUGGGGAAUGUUUUGAUAUCAAACUUGGAAUAACUUCAAUGUUUUUGGAGUUAUCUGAAAAUUCCAAGCUGAAAUAUCCACAGGGACGGAAUAAUUUUCUAGUUGUUUAAUCCAUCCUCAAAUUCUAUACUCUCUCUCACCCUCCAGAAAGGUGGGGACAUUUCUUUAGUUGUCUGCGACUUCUCUAAUUUCCAUUGUCUCUAUCUCUUCCUUGAAGCAAGGCACGUUUUUAUGAUACCACCCAGUUAUUUUUUUUGGAAUGAAAGGGAAGCGCUAUGAGACCAAAUAAUUUUUUUUAUUCAGAAAAUUCAGAUGAUUUCUACCUUUCAAAUUCCAAAUUUCAUCUUGAAAAAUGGAUUUUUGAAUUCAGAAAAUUGUGGGGAAUGUUUUGAUAUCAAACUUGGAAUAACUUCAAAAUUUAUAGAAUUAUCUGAAAAUUCCAACUUAGAUUCUUCACAGGGACGGAAUAAUUCUCUAGUUGUCUAAUCCAUCCCUAAAUCUAUACUCUCUCUCACCCUCCAGAAAGACGGAAAAUAUCUCUAGUUGCCUCCAAUCUCUUCAAUUUCCAGUGUCUCUAUCUCUUCCUUGAAUCAAAGAUAAUUUUUUUAAGACCACCCAGUUAUUUUUUGAAUGAAAGGGAAGCGCUAUGAGACCAAAUAAUUUUUUUCUUGAGAGAAUUCAGAUGAUUUCUAUAUUUCAAAUUCCAAAUUUCAUCUUGAAAUCUGGAUUUUCAGAGUCAGUGAAUUGUGGGCAAUGUUUUGAUAUUAAACUUGGAAUAACUUCGAAAUUUCUGAAGUUAUCUGAAAAUUCCAAGCUAAAAUCUUCACAGGGACGGAAUAAUUCUCGAGUUGUCUGACCUAUCCUCAAACUCUAUACUUUCUCACCCUCCAGAAAGACGGAAAAUAUCUCUAGUUGUCUCCAAUCUCUUCAAUUUCCAUUGUCUCUAUCUCUUCCUUGAACCAAGGAUACUUUUUAUGAUACCACCUAGUUAUUUUUCGCUUCGACCAUAAAAAAACCAAAUAUUUUCAGGUUUGCCUUGAUCAUGCGGAGACCGAAAUUUUGCCGUGUAUCGAGAUCAAGGAAUUGUUUUCGGUGUGGUUUUCGUAUGCUACAAAAGCCUAUCAUCCGGUAAGUCUAAGCCCAAGCCUAGGUUCUAGGCUCAGCCUGAAUAUAGGUAGGCCUGCAGCUGAAACUAGACUAGAGUUCUUAUUUGAAUUUAGGCUAGCCUAAAUUUCAGCUCAAAUAAGUAAUUUGAAAAUUGAAAAAAAAAAUCACUGUUUCAAAAAUUCUAUAAAGUUUUUGUUUGAUAAUAUUUUUUUAUUCUACACUCAGGAGAUUUUUCGCAAUUUUGCUGACCAGAAUGCGCGAUUCUGCUUGCUAAAACAUGCGGUUCGGACACUAUAGUGUUGCCGCGGAAUCGCCUAUCGUAGCAAGCGAAAUUUUCUUUUUUCGUAAUCGGCAAGAAAACCGGGAGUUGCUGAACAAAUUUCGAGAAAAAAAAUUAGAGGUUCAUUCUUUUUUUUUAAUGAAAGACAAAGUUUGUCGAGAUCAAAAUUAAUUUAGUUAUUGGUGGUACUGUAGCAUUGUAAUGCCAUAGCAAUAAAAAAUACCCCUCAAUAACUUGUGGAGAUGUCCUCGGGACCAAUUUAUAAUUAUUUUCUGCCCGACAAAAAAUGAGUUUUGCCUAUUGACAUGCUUUCAAAAGAAAUGCUCCGCCCACUAUCCAUCUCAAUAAAAAUGGAUCCAGCAAGAAUUUCGCAACUUGCUGGACCAAAUUCAUGACACAAAUUGCAACCUAAAAACGCAGCAAGAAUCGCGCGAGUCGCUAAAAGUGCAGCAAGGAGAUAGCAAGUUGUCGAAUCGUUGCCCAAAAUUUCCUGAGUAAAUUUUGAUAUUGAUAUGUGAGAUGAAAAAUUAUGAAUUUUCAAAAAUUCAAGCUCAAAGAAUUUUGAAACGUAGAAAAUCACUGUUUCAAAAAAUCAACAAUUUUUGUUCCCAGAGCCUAAUUCGAUCGUGUAUGCAAUCAAUUGCUUUGGAAUUCGACACUUUGCUCUCUGAAGAAUGGGAAAAAAAUUGGCAGGCUUUGGAUCGUGAUCAAAUGGUCGAGAUUUUGAAGUGCAAUCAAUUGCGAUUGACAAGUAAGCUGAAUUUCAAUACUUCUCUGAAAAAUUCCAGAAUUUCCAGAUGAAUUCAAGCUAUGGGAAGCGCUUCAAAAAUGGCUAGCCGCACCAAAUCAUCCAGAAAGACGGGGAAAUACUGCAAGUCCCCUGUUAACUCUAAUUCUACCCCUGAUCCGAUUUCCUUAUAUGACAGCUGAUGAAUUGAGUCAAAUUGAGCGCUCGCAGAUUUCGGAAAAUCAUCCAAAACUUUUUCAACCACCGAUUUUGUUGGCUUAUAAAUAUCAAGCAUUGCCGCUGGCGAGUCGCAUCAAUUUGAAGGAAUUUUCGACGAAAACUUUUUUGUUGAGACAAUAUGAGGAUGUUAGAUGGGAUCGGAGGAUUACACUCACCAAACAGUUGUUGAGAGUUCCCGGAGUUGAUCAUACUUUUAUGGUGAGGAUUUCGGGGGUUUUUGGAAGUGGAUUUGAAAAAAAGGCUUUUGAAGGAAAUUUGAAGCAAAAUUUAACAAACGAUCAUGAACAAAAUCAGAACUUUGUGAAAAAUGAGAAGUUUUGACAAUUUUUUUGAAACAGUAAAUUUUUGAAAGUAAUCAAAAUCGUUAAGCAGAUAAUUUUGCGAGACAAUUAUUUUCAAGAAUUUUUUGAAACAGGAAAUUUAGCGAGAAAAAAAAUCACUCAUUAGAAAAUGUUCGAAUAAAAUUAAAAAGAUUUUAGAAAUGAUAAAUUUUGAUAAAUUUUUUAAAUCAGCCAUAAAUGAAUCAGUAAUUUUUGCGAGACAAUUGUUUUCAAGAAUUUAAAAAAAAAACUUCCAGCAAACUUAAAAAUUAAACAAUUUUAGAAAUGAUAAAUUUUGAUAAUUUUUUGAAACAGUGAAUUUUGUCAAAAAAUUAAUUUGAAAUUCAAAGAGUCGUUUGUUCAAUGAUCGUAUUUGAAAACGUUCAAAACUAUGAAUUUUUUUGAAACAGUAAAUUUUGUGAGACAAAAUGAACUAUUCAAUCAGAAUAUUUAGCGAGGCAAACAUUUUCAAGAAUUUUUUGAAACAGUAAAUUUUGUGAGACAAAAAAUUAAUUCGAAACUUCUGAAAUUUGUAAAUUUUUUCAAGUAAAAACUCAAAUCACAAAAUUAAAAAGAUUUUAGAAAUGAUAAAUUUUGAUAAUUUUUUUGAGUAAACUUUGUGAGAAAAAGAAACUUGUUAAUCAGAAUAUUUACGGAGACAAUUAUUUUUAAGAAUUUUUCGUGUGAAUAUAGAGUGUGGUAUCAAUGAAUAAAUAAGAAAAUAAAAUAUUUUCAAGAAUUUUUUGAAAUAGUAAAUUUCGUGAAAAAAAAAAUAAUUCGAAACUUUUGAAAUUUGCAAUUUUUUAAAAACUCAAAUCAGUCAAAAUGUUCAAAUAAAAUUAAAAAGAUUUUAGAAAUGAUAAAUUUUGACAAUUUUUUGAAACAGUAAAUUUUUGAGAGUGAAUCGUAACCGUUUACAAUUAGCAGAAAAUUUCUCGAGGUAAAUAUUUUUAAAAGUUUUUUGAAACAGUAAAUUUUGCGAGAAAAAGAAACUUACAAUUAAUAAUCAGAAUAUUCAGCGAGGCAAACAUUUUCAAGAAUUUUUUGAAACAGUAAAUUUUUUAAGAAUUUUUUAAAAGAUAUCGAAAAAUGUUCCAACCCAUUAAUUUUCGAGUUUUUUUGAAACAGUGAAAUUUUGCAGCUCUCAACUCGUUCCUCAACAUAUCCAAUCUCCGAAUGGAAAUGGACCCUAAAACUUACCGGUCUAACAUAUUCAAAUACAAAUAAUUCGGAUAACUUGCGAAUAAUUCUGAUAGCUGAAGAUAUUGAUCAAAGUCGAGCAGUUGAAUAUAUGAUCCAAAUAGUUGAUGACAAAAAAAUCGCGCGAUCGUUUUCCGGCAAGAAAACGUUCACAAAAACGCGAUAUUCAUCCGAAUUGGAAAUGGAGAAGAAAAUCGAAUUUGGCGAUUUGUUGAGCGACGAAAAUUCGCAAUUUUUGUGCAAUGGAGAAUUGAUUUUACAGUUGGUUUUGAGACCUAUCGAUUGA